AUGGAAACUUUUGAGGGGCUAAUUCUCGAACAGCAACAACUGGGUCAAUUAAUCCAGAAAUUGAUUUCGAAUUUCAAAGAGGAUCCAAAAGAAAGGAAAUUGAAUAAGGCUUACUUUGAAGAACGUAAAAGGCGUUUAACUAAUAUAUGGUCUGAAUUUGAAGAAAAUGACAACCGUAUCAGAGAGUUGUCAGAUGUCGAAACCACUCAUGAAUAUUUUACUAAUGAGGAUUAUUUAAAAACUAAAGACUUAGCAGAAUGUUACAUUGCUCGAUUCACUCAGCAACUACAGGAGUUCAGUGAUGAAGCAAAUCUCAGCAAGAAGUCGCAAGUAUCUAAACAAACAGAAAUUUCAUGUCUCAUUAACAAGCAAAUGGGAAUGAAAAUAUCAUUAAAACGACUAUUGGAGAAGGUCCAAGGAGAUUUGGGAUCAAACACGUUUACUGCGUUGGAAAUAUACAAAAUAAAAAUCAACAAGUUGUGGCAAGAAAUUGAGGAACUCAAUUUUAAUAUAUGGGAAAUCGCUAGUGACCCACUAUCAAUUGGUUACAAUAUAGACGAAUAUCAACAAUUAGAGGAAUUAAUACAACAAACUUUGAUUUCAAUUUCUGAGCUGAUAAUAACAAAACAACCACAUGUAGUUACAACAGAGGUAACUAACAAUCCAAUUCAAUUACCGAAGGUGUCUAUACCGAGAUUUGACGGAGAUUAUCUUAAAUGGACACAAUUUUAUGAUAUGUUCUCUCAAAUGGUAGACAACCAAUCACUACCCAAGGUACAAAAGAUGUGGUUUUUAAAAAAUAAUUUAUCAGGAGAAGCAGAGAGGCUCAUCAGACAUCUGCCAACUACCAAUGAUAGUUACGACGUAGCAUGGAAGAUACUUCAGGAGAGAUACAGGAAUAAGAGGAUAUUAACAACCAUGUUAAUACAACGGCUGCUCGGACAACCUCAAUGCUCUGGCACUGCAAUGUCUCUAAAGUCACUACAUGAUGUCAUACAUGAAUGUUUGUUGGCAUUAAAUAACUUAAAUGUUCAAACAGUUCAUUGGGAUCCACUCCUCCUUCAUUUAUUAACAAAGAAGCUGGAUGCAACUACACAUACGUUGUAUGAGCAAUCAUUGGCAAGGCCAAAGGAAUUACAAUCAAUGACAGGGUUUCUAAGUUUCAUUGAAACACGUUUUCAAACUCUGGAAGCAAUCGGCCAAAAGAGUACUACCAAUAAUAACGUAAAGGUAUGUAAUACCGCAACAAUCAACAAAUCAACCAGGCAAUCAUGCAUAUAUUGUAAGCAAGAUUUACAUCAAAUAUACCAAUGCAAAGGGUUCUUACAAGCAAAUACUUUUGAACGACUACAAUUUGUUAAAAAACAAAACUUAUGUCGUAACUGUUUGCGACCAGGUCAUAUAGCAUACAACUGUAAAUCAGGCAAUUGUAUCAAAUGUAAUCAAAAACACAACUCUUUACUACAUGUAAACUCAUGGGUUAAUGGCACUGAAAAACAAACAACAAUACCAAAGUCUAACAAUACUCAACGCAAUGUAAGCACAGGUUUAAGCGUUGAUCAUCAAGCAUCAUUAACUAUUGCAAGAAAGGACAAUAAACAGCAAUAUGUAUUCUUAGGAACAGCAACUAUAAGAUUAUUGGCACAUAACGGCCAAGAAAUUCAAUGUAGAGCAUUAUUAGACUCAGGUUCUCAAGUUAAUUUAAUGACCGAGAGGGUAGCUCAUCGACUAGGAAUAACUCCAAAAGCAACAUCAAUGCGUAUAAAUGGAGUUGGUAACACCACAAAGGGUGCUCGUCAAAGAAUCAGCACUGUCUUUAAAUCAAUGAAUAGCAAUUUCAAUACAAAUUUAGAAGCAUUUGUGUUACCACAUAUUAUUGCUCCACAACCAACACAAUGUGUCAAUAUCAGUUCAUGGAACAUUCCAAAAAAUAUUACAUUAGCUGAUCCUAACUUCAAUGAGCCACAAAAAAUAGACGUAUUAUUAGGAGCUGAAUUUUAUCCACAUCUCUUAACGUCAGGGCAAAUCCAAUUGGGAGUCAACAAACCAAUACUCCAGAAUACUACUCUUGGAUGGGUUGUAAGUGGCAAACUAUCAGAAACAGCAAAAGGUGACGCUGUCUGUUGUAUGUUUAGCGAAGAAGAAGAUUCGCUAAAUAAUCUCCUCGUCCGAUUUUGGGAUCUUGAAGAAUCAGCACAAAAUUCAAAACUACUGUCUGAUCAAGAAAAAUUAUGUGAAACUCAUUUUGUGGAAAACUUGAAACGUACUAAAGAAGGCAGAUUUAUUGUGAAAUUGCCACUUAUUGACAGUGUAUCAACAUUAGGAUCCUCUAGUGAAAUUGCACAACGCAGAUUUUUCUCUCUUGAACGACGGCUGUCAAAAAAUGAAGCAUUAAGGGCACAAUACGUGCAGUUUAUGACUGAGUAUAAAGAUCUCGGUCACAUGGAAGAAAUUCAACCUGAUGACAUCAUGGCCUCACAUUAUUUCAUUCCUCAUCAUUGCGUGAUAAAACCAGAUAGCACCACGACAAAAUUACGUGUUGUGUUUAAUGCAUCUAGUAAAACUUCAUCAGGUCGAUCAUUAAAUGACAUUAUGCAUACUGGUCCUGUGGUACAGAGCGAUCUAUUCUCAAUAUUAUUACGAUUCAGAAUUCCAAGAUACGCUUUCACAACGGACAUUGAGAAAAUGUAUAGGCAAAUACUUAUUCACCCAGAAGAUCAAAUGCUACAAUUAAUCAUUUGGAGAAAUAAUCCACAAGAGCCGCUACGAUUUUAUAAACUAAAAACUGUGACAUAUGGGACUCGAUCAGCUCCAUACUUAGCUACCAAAUGUUUACAAACUUUAGCUAGAGAAAGUUCUGGUACUUAUCCAUUUGGAGCAGAGACCCUAAGAAGAGAUUUCUAUGUCGAUGAUGGAUUAUGUGGUUCUAACAGUCUGAUAGAGGCUAAGGUGAUUCAAGAACAACUAAUUAACAUUUUGAAAUCAUAUGGUUUUAAGCCAAGAAAAUGGUGCGCUAAUCACCCACAAUUACUACAAAACAUUUCACCACAUGAUCAAGAAGUCUGUUGGGAUAUUUCUACUUGUUCGUUCAAAACAGCUAAGACUUUGGGAAUGAUUUGGACACCACAGCUUGAUAAUUUGUGCAUAACAACAAGUAUAACACCAUGUACAACUUUUACUAAGCGUUCAGUAGCUUCAGACUUAGCAAGAGUUUAUGACCCAUUGGGAUUGGUAGCACCAAUCAUAGUCACAGCAAAAAUAUUUGUUCAACGAAUUUGGGAAUUAAAGACGACCUGGGAUGAUCCGUUACCUCAUGAAUAUGAAGCCGAAUGGGUUAAGUUUCGGUCAAGACUGCAAGAAAUUAAUAAUAUGAUCAUUCCGAGACAUGUUUUAAACCACGAAAUUCCAUUAGAUAUUCAAUUACAUUGCUUUGUAGAUGCAUCUGAAAAGGCAUAUGGAGCAGCAAUCUAUGUAAGAGCGAUUCUAAAAACAGGUACAAUCACAGUACGGCUACUUUGCUCAAAAUCAAGAGUAGCGCCAUUAAGAAGGCAAACAAUUCCACGAUUAGAAUUGUGUGCAGCAUUUCUGGGAGCCCAACUGUUAGCGAAGGUUAAACAAGAUCUUGUAUACGAUAACCACAAAUCUUUUUUAUGGACAGACUCACAAGUUGUAUUAUACUGGAUCAACUCUAACUCAAAUAUUUUUCAAACAUUUGUAGCACAUAGAGUAGUACGAAUUCAUGAAAUAUCUAAUGCAAGCCAAUGGUGUCAUGUAAGGUCCAAAUUAAAUCCAGCAGAUCACCUAUCAAGGGGUUUACAACCUACGGAAUUACAUUCCAGUCACAUGUGGUUUUUUGGACCACUGCUUAUAUAUGGAAGGGAAUCAUAA